AUGGCGGACGUCAAGAGCAAGAACCUCUACGAGCUGUUGGGCAACACCUCUGACCAGGAUUCCGAUCGCGAACCUGAACCACCUACCAAGGCCAUCGAAAAGCCAGUUGCUCGAGCUGGCAAACGCGAUGCUCCAAAGGAGGCACCAGCUGCUGAUCCCCUCGGCAACGUAGCGACUCGCGGCCGUGGAGGUCGAAGAGGAGGUGGGUUCAGUGGAAGCGAAGCAGCAUUCCGUGACCGAGCUACUGGCCGAACCUACAACCGCGACAAGCCUACCGAAGGUGAAGGCGCUGAUGGUUUCGGAAACAAACCAGGUCGCACAGAAGGCGCUGCUGGUACUCGACGAGGUGGCCGUGGUGGUGACCGACCCCGUCGAGGUGGUGAUCGACAUGUCAACCGUACCGGCAUUGCUGAACAUCCCAAGCAAGAGGGACACGGUUGGGGUGAAGCCACCGCCGAUGGCGAAUUCGCUGACGAGAAAGCUGGCGAGGCCAUUGCCAAAAAGGAGGAAAAGGAAGGUGGUUGGGACGCUGGUGCGAAUCAAGUUUGGAACGAGAAUGCUGAGCCAGUAACAACAGCCGAGGGUGGUGAGACCGCUCCAGCAGGCGAAGAGGAGCCCGAGGACAACAGCAAGUCUUAUGCCGACUACUUGGCUGAGAAGGCCGCUAAGAAGCUUGAGGAACUUGGUCUCAAGGAAGCUCGUGCACCAAACGAGGGCGCAAAGGAGGACAAGAAGUGGAAGUCGGCCAAAGAGCUGACCAAGGAAGAGCGCGCCGACUACUUCAAGGGAGAAGAAAAGGCCAGACGUGAGCGCGAGCGUGCUACGAAGAAGAACUUCCUCGACAUCGACUACUCGUUCAAGGAGCAGCCACGCGAGGCCGGUGGCCGUGGCCGUGGCCGUGGCGGUCGUGGUCGCGGUGAGCGUGGUGACUUCGGUGGUGAGCGCCGAGAGCGUCCCGACCGUGGUGACCGAGGUGACCGUGGCGACUUCGGUGGCGAUCGUGGUGAGUUCCGUGGUCGUGGUCGCGGUCGUGGCCGUGGAGAUCGUGGAGGAGAUCGCGGCGAGUUCCGUGGCCGUGGACGUGGACGUGGCGGCAGCAGCGAUGGCCCAGGUGUUGCUGUUAACGACGAAAGCGCCUUCCCCAGCCUCGGCGGAAAGUAG